AUGUCAGAAGAACAAGACAAAGAUAAACUUCUCGAGAUAGUCCGUCGACAGCACGAUGUUCUUGUUAAAAUGAAAUCUGAUCGUGCUGAGAUGGAGUCCGAAUUAAAAAAAUUGAAAGACGAGAAUAUGGAAUUGUUAAUUGAAAAAGAGGAGAUGAAAGGAGACACGCAUUGGCGAGACGAGUCGUUGUCUUUACGAGACGAGUUAAAUGUUGUAGCUUCCGAGCUUGACAAGUAUCAAAAACAGAACUUGGUGUUACGUCGUGAGAACGACUCAUUGCGGAGUGGUGGAGAAGAAGCCGCUACACUCAAAACGACCAACGAAGGGUUGAAGAAAAAGAUUUCUGAGUAUGAGAGCCGCAUCUUAGCUCUUGUCAAAGUUGUCGAGCAGUGCAAAAACAAAGUCAAUUUGUCGAGUGAGCAGUGCAUGAGGUUAAAAGUUGAUAUCGACGAAGAACGUUUGAAGCGCGAGACCUUCAUGACAAAAGUAAAGGAAGCCUGCGAUAAAAAUAAAAUCGCUGUGGAGCCCGAGAGCAUUGCCUUGAAAAUGAACGAAAUGAAGAUGGAAGUCCAAAGGGCAAACAUUCUUGUCGAAGAGUAUAAGUCGCGGUACAACAGAGCUGUUGAGCGAAUGGCCGACAUGGAGAAUCAGAAAAUCACAAACCAGUCGUCUGGAGAGCACUUCGAGAUGAUUGAGGAUGACGCAGAAAAUGUUAUUGAAUAA